AUGGCAGAUCAAUCAUCUGAACAAGCAGCAUCUGGAAUAAAAAUUUAUCUAAGUAAUUCAUGGAAUUUAAUUAAAACUGGAUUUCUUGUUUUAACAUGGAUUAUGUUAGGUUUUCAUCUUGAAUUAGUUGGUCCAACAAUGCCAGUUCUUAUACAAAAUAUCGAUGUUGAUUAUAGUGGAAUGGGUUCAGUACUUGCAUCAAGAGCUGCUGGUUAUUUAGUUGCAAAUCUUCUUGGUGCUAUUUUACAAAAUAUUGUGAAAAAACAUUCCGAAGGUCUUUUAGUUUGUGCAUUUAUUUUACCUGCUAUUGUGGUUUUUCUUACUCCAUUUGUGACAUCAUGGAUAAUCAUGUGUAUUUUAUUUUUCAUUCAAGGAAUUGCUCAGAGUUUUACAGAUUUAGGUGGAACUAAUAUUAUAUUAACAAUGUGGGGUGUUAAUGCAGCAGCUCCAUUAAAUACAGCUCAUUUAGGAUAUGGAAUAGGUGCUGUCUGUGUUAAUUUACUUAUUCGUCCGUUUCUUAAUCCAAAAGGUUCAUUGAUAGAUAAUCCCGAUACUGACGAAAUGAAUUCAACAUUAUCAUCAUCAAUUAAUAAUAUAAGAAAAAAUUCUCAUAUUGUUGCUCCAUAUACAAUUGUUAGUAUUUUAUGUGUAUUAAUUGCUGCUGGACAUGCAUUUUUCUAUAUUCAAAAAUUAAAAAAUCAAAGACAACAAGCAGAAAUUGGAGAGAUUGAAUAUACAGCUGUCAAUGGAAAUUCAAGAAAUGUUACUCAUACUGUUAAUAAAGAAGUUUCUUCACCAUAUUCUCCUCGUACAUGUGGUAAUGGAUAUUUUCAAUAUGGUUUAAUUCUUUCAACAAUAUUUAUUUGUUAUACAUUUUUUAUUGGUGCAAAUGAUCAAACAUUUGCAAAAUUUUUUUUUGCUUAUCUUAAAUUUGAAAAAUUUCAUAUAUCGAAUAGUGCUGCAAGUUGGGGCAUUAUUUUAUAUUGGCUUUCAUAUUCCGUUGGUCGAUUCAUUGGAGCAAUUUUAUCUAUGUUAUUAUCUGUUAAUAUGUGUCUUACUAUUGUUUGGUUCGGUGGUUUAUGUCUUACAAUUGCUUGGUUUAUUUUUGUAUGGUUUAUAGGUUUAACUGGUACAAGUUUAUUUAUUCUUGGUGCAGCUACUGGUUUAGUAUUUGCACCGUUAUUUCCUUUAACAUUUGGUUUAAUUAAUCAACGAUUAAAUGUUGUACCUGUACUUCUUGCUCUACUUCUAUCAGGAUCCGCAUUAGGAGCAAUUGCACUUCAAAAAAUAGCUGGUGUUGUAAUGGAUCAUAAUCCAAAUCAUUUUCCAACACUUUUGAUUGUUUGUAUAUUGAUGGGAAUCAUUCUUUAUAUUGCUUCGAAUGUUGUUUAUCACGUACAUGAACAAAAAAAUCUUAAAAAUGCACGACCUUUAGUAACUAAUGAAGCAGUAUUAUCUGGUGAAGUUUUUAAUAAUGAUGAAGAAUUAUAG